CGGCCAGCGCAGGAAGCUUGCCUGUAACUCAACAUUCCGAUGCCUCCGAGACCCUGUUUGUGACCUCCGCUGCAUUCCUCCCCCCGUUCUAUGAGACCCCACCUAUACCUGCCCCGCCGUUUCUAACACACCGCACGGCAGGGCGUGAUUGCGGCAAAAACCCGCUGUACAUCUCCGGCUCUCUACCCCGGCAGCCGGGCGGAUCCGCGUGACACAGUCCCCGAUCCACGGGUCUCGCUAUGCCUGGUCCGGUGGCCGGCAGCAAGUCCCGCGUGUACGCAGACGCCAAUACGCUGAAGAGCCGGGAAUACUGGGACUACGAGGCCCACGUGCCCAACUGGAACAACCAGGAGGACUACCAGCUGGUCCGCAAACUGGGCAGAGGGAAAUACAGCGAGGUGUUCGAGGCCAUCAACAUCACCAACAACGAUAAGGUGGUGGUCAAGAUCCUGAAGCCGGUUAAGAAGAAGAAGAUCAAGCGAGAGAUCAAGAUCCUGGAGAACUUGCGAGGGGGGACCAACAUCAUCCGACUGGUGGACGCCGUCAAAGACCCAGUGUCCAGAACUCCGGCGCUCAUCUUUGAAUGCAUCAAUAACACCGACUUCAAGGAGUUGUACCAGAAAUUGACAGAUUAUGAUAUCCGUUUCUAUAUGUAUGAACUACUCAAGGCUCUGGACUACUGUCACAGUAUGGGAAUCAUGCACCGCGACGUCAAACCCCACAAUGUGAUGAUCGACCACCAGUUGAGAAAGCUACGCCUUAUAGACUGGGGUUUGGCAGAGUUCUACCACCCGUCCCAGGAGUACAACGUCAGAGUGGCUUCGCGUUACUUCAAAGGCCCCGAACUCCUAGUGGACUACCAAAUGUAUGAUUACAGCCUGGACAUGUGGAGCUUGGGCUGCAUGCUGGCCAGCAUGAUCUUUCAGAAAGAGCCCUUCUUCCACGGACAGGACAACUACGACCAGCUGGUGCGAAUCGCCAAGGUCCUGGGGACGGACGAGCUGUUCGGCUACCUGCGCAAAUACCACAUUGAACUGGACCCGCGCUUCAAAGACCUGCUGGGACAGCAGAGCAGGAAGCGCUGGGAACACUUUGUGCAGACGGAGAACCAGCACCUCGUGAGUCCUGAAGCUCUGGACCUGCUGGACAAGCUGCUACGCUACGACCACCAACAGAGGCUGACCGCCACGGAGGCCAUGGAGCAGCCCUACUUCUACCCGGUAAUAAAGGAGCAGUCAAACUCUGACAACAACAUGGUGACCAGUGGCAACACCACGGCGCGGUGAAACGCAGAUGUGGAAGACAAAGAAGAAGAAGAAAGAGAAGAUGUUACCUCAGCUUUGUACCCGGUUGUGACAGUAACUACGACUACGUGUACAGUGACAAUGGAUCAGAUGAUCUCAGACCAGUUCCACUCCUCACAGAUCCAUAGGUUCAUACAGACAUGCACACACAAACACCAACAUUAAACAAAUAAAAGCACACGUGAAAAACACUUAGUCACUCCUCGUCUUCCCCGUCCCUCCGUUUAUAUAAUCCCUGGAUUGUUUCAAUCAGCAUGGAGAAUCCCCCCCCCCCCCCCCCCCCAGACCUGUUUGUCCAUUCGCCUGUCUGCCCCCCGCUCACCGUCCCCAUGUCCUGUGUCCCCCCCCCCCCGUCAACAGAUAGACGUCUACUGCUCCCGUUCUGACAGUGGC